AUGGAGGGGACCGAGGAGGUUUCAUCUAAUUUUCAGGAGAAUGUCACUCCAAGGGUGGAAGAGGACCCGAUAGAAAAUGAGACCUUUGUUGCAGAAACAGAAUCCGUUCCGAUUGGUGCUAGUCAGUCAGACGAUCAAAGAGAUGUCAUCUUUCUCGACGGAAUAGGUUCGUUUGGUGCAAUUGAUUUUGAUGUGUUGCGAGCUGAGGAGAUUAUGAUGAUAGAGUUUGUCGAUUUGAAAACUGCUUACGACUUCUAUAACGAGUACGGUCGAAUUAAGGGGUUUUCCAUACGCCGGUCGAAGGUAGGGCGCUGCAAGAAGGCAGGAUCGGAGGGUGACAUUAUAUGGCAAAUUUUUGUAUGCUCGCGACAAGGUGAACGAGAUGCAAAGCAUGUUCACAGAAAUGAUAGGAAGAUGGAUCCUAGACCAGUAACGCGAUGCGGGUGUAAUGCGCGGAUAAAAGUUCAUGUUGACUCGAGGAACGGGAGAUGGUAUGUUGACUUCUUCUCCGAUGAACAUAACCAUGACAUGUUGGAGGCCAGGUUCAGGGGAAUGAUGCGGUCUCACCGGGCAAUAAAAACGGGGGAUUUACACCAGAUUUAA